ACACCCUACGUGUGGAGCUGACGCACUCUCCCAGCCUGCUGGACUCCGCCGUGUCUCCUUCUCUCCGCCACUAACGCUAGCUACUUCACCCGCGGUAGAGACUCCGGCUGUGCAGCGACUCUAAACCGAAGCGGUCAGCAGGGGUCAUGAGGGUGUCGGAGGCCCCGGUUGCUGUUCAGAGCAGCUGAAGCAGACAUGGGCAAAGAAGUCUCGAAUGGCAUCGGUAGGCUCAGCCUCAUCGACUUCACCAGCCACGUCCUCCUUCACCACAACCACCACUGGCUACCCAACAAGUUCUCUGUAUUUGCCAGCAUCUCCCAGUAAGACAUUGCAAUGAGAAUGUCCGAUACACUUGACAGCGAAACGAUGAAGGUUUCCGAGGCGGCCGACACGUUGUCAUCUCCAAAAGACAGCGCCACCAAGUCUGAGGUUACCGACCAGAGCCAGAGCAGCAGAGAUGAUCACAGUAGCAACAAUAAGAGGGACGUUCAGCCUGUGAAGUACUCUAAGUCCAACACCAGGCUAAAGCUCGUGCGGAGCCUGGCAGUGUGUGAAGAGUCCUUUCCUUGCCCUAUUCCUGAGCCUUCAGCAGCACCUCAGGAUGGAUUCCUUCUCCAGCCCUUCGAAAAAGAAGAACGAGCCAAACAGGACCAAGCUGAGAAAGAGGACAGCUGCGAUAAAGUGGACAAACCUGAGAAAACGCCCAGAAAAAUGCUGUCGAGAGAUUCCAGUCAGGACUACACAGAUUCAACUGGCAUAGAUCUCCAUGAGUUCCUGGUCAACACAUUAAAGGGCAAUCCCAGGGAUCGAAUCAUGCUACUGAAGUUGGAACAGGACAUCUUGGACUUCAUCAGCAAUAAUGAAAGCCAAAAGAGAAAGUUCCCGCCCAUGACGUCUUACCACAGGAUGCUCUUACAUCGAGUGGCAGCCUACUUUGGCAUGGACCACAAUGUGGACCCCAGUGGAAAGUCAGUGGUGAUCAACAAAACCACCAACACUAGAAUACCCGAUCAGAAAUUCUCAGAGCACAUCAAGGAUGACAGGGCGGACGAUUUUCAGAAACGCUACAUUCUCAAACGAGACAACUCCAGCUUUGAUCGCGAAGACAGCACGAUUCGAAUGCGUUUGAAAGCUGACAAGAGGAGCAAAUCGAUGGAGGAGAGGGAGGAGGAGUACCAGCGAGCCAGAGAAAGGAUAUUUGCACAUGAUGGAGAUCACUUCAUACUAGAUAGAAGUGCUCAGGAUGAAGACGCAUGCAUGAGCACCCAACAGAGGCGGCAAAUGUUCAGGCUACGGGCCGGCCGGUCAGGCGCCAGCCGGCAGAGCAGCUCCGAGACGGAAACGCUGCCACGGCACGGCGAGCCUCGGCCGUGGAGCAGCACCGACAGCUCGGACAGCUCCAACCGGCUCGCCCCCCGGCCCGCCAUCACCAAGGCCAGCAGCUUCAGCGGCAUUUCGCCCGGCCUCGUCCGAGGGGACAGCACGGCCAGCAGCAAGAGCACCGGAAGGCUCUCCAAAACAGGUUCAGAAUCAUGCAGUAGCGUCGGUUCCUCGUCCAGCUCGCUGUCCCGUCCCCAGCUGCCUCUCCCAAUUUCAGCCCCGUCCUGGUCCAGCAUCCCCGGCGCACCUUUAAUCCAUCCGGCUGCUGACAGUAGAGGCUCUGGGCACCCGGAGAUGAUCAAGAGCGCACCCCCGCAGCUACCACCAGCUACAGACGUAACAAACUAUUAUGUGUUGCCGCUGGAAGCCUCAGGGAUACCACCCGGCAGCGUUCUGGUCAACCCACACACAGGCAAGCCUUUCAUCCACCCCGAUGGCAGCGCUGUGGUUUAUAACCCGGCCACUGUCGGCCCCGCUGGUGGCAGGAACCCACAGCAGGGGAAAACCCCACAGCAGCCAAUCCCUGCCCCAACACAGCAGCAGCCAACCAAUCACCUCCACUCCCAGCCGAUCUGUCCUCCUCUCCAGCUGUCCUCUGAGCCUGUCCACAACCCAACGGUCUCGUACUCUCUUCCUCCUCCUCUUCCUCCUUCUCAGUUCCUGCCAGUCUGUCCUAACCAACAGUACACUGUGUCUGACGCCCUGAACUCCCAAUUCAGUCACAUGACUCUGGCGCAGCAACCGGCCAGCGAAAGUGGGGCUUCAGCUCCGGACGCCCGCCACUAUCCGACUGUAUACCACCACCACCCCUCCUCUGUGGUACUGCAGGGAGCUCAGCAGCAGCAGCAGCAGCAGCAGGUUGCUAGCUAUGUGAUGGCAGGGCCAUCGGGAGGGCACCCAGGGGUGCUGCAGGGUCAGCACGUCCCGCUCCCGACCCCUGGCCCCAACCAUGCAUAUCCCAGCUCCACCCCGGGCCCCGCUGCUUUUCCUGGGUCCACGCUGAACCAGCAGCUACUCCAGCAACACACCUACAUCCAGCAACCUGUCCAGCAGAUGUCCUCGUGUUACUGCUCUUCAGCCCACCACCCCCACUGCUCCAGCCAGCAGCAGCACUACCGGCCCCCCGUCAACCCACUGACCUAUAACUGCCCUCAGAGCCAAAACCUGCCCCAGCAACAAGUGCACCAAGCCGUGAUGCCAAACCCAGCGUCCAGCUACCAGACCAUAGUGGGCGUGCAGCCAAAUCCCAACCUCGCUCUCACCGGCAACCAGCAAAGCAAUAUGGGCAACCAGAUGCAAGGCAUGAUGGUCCAGUACCCUCCAAUGCAGUCUUAUCAGCAGGUUUCUGUACCACCACAGACGUACCAGCAGCCAGUGUUUGUGUCCUGUCAGCCGGGACAGGGGGCAAUGGCUGUUGCUGGCAUGCAGCCCUGCUACAGCCUGCUCCCCCCUAACCAGCACACCACUAUGAGUUCAACAGUGAGUUUCCUGCCUGCCCAGAUGAUGGAGCAGCUCCAGUUUCCUCAGACCUCGUCUCCCUGCGUCUCCCAGCAGCACCCAGGCCAGCAGUAUGCAGGGUUGUUACCCCCAGGCCCUGGUAGCAGCAUGGUGAUGCUGCAGAUGACAGCGCCCGCCUGCCAGCAGCCCCGGGCCCCCUCCCCCUGCCAGCGGAAACAGCCCAGCCACAAACACCCGGGCCCCGACUACCAGCGCAACCGCAGGCCUGCUGAGCUCCCCCCGCCUCCAGAUAACACCCAGAGCAGCUUGCCCUCGUCUCCGGCACUCACUCCUUCGCCAGGCCAGCCGCCCAGCGUCAAGGGCCUCCCAUCAGGCAUCUCGUCCAUCCCUGUCAUGGCCCAGCACCCGCACCACCACCCCCCGCCGCUCCCUACAGCUUUCUGCCACAGUGGACAAGGUGAAGCGCACUACUCUCUACUGGGCCAACCUCUCCAGUACAAACCCUCCAUCAGACCUCCGCUGAUCCACACUGCUCACAUGGUGGCCAAACACCAGGGUCCACUGGGGGUUUGGCGUAGCGGUCAUGGGAGGAAGGCCAGCAGAAAACCUCUGUCUUCAGAUCUCAGUGUAGGUGAAGCAGUGAGCAGUCAGAUCCUGGAAGUGACACAUCCUCCGGAGGGGAUCAGCUGUACAGACUCCCACCACCUCCUGGCAGAGCUCUGCAAAGGGGGCGAAUUGAUCCAGCGGCUGUCGGACCAUCAGCCCAGGCUGUGCAACACCACCAGAGACGCUCCCAGCAGAGACCUGGCCUCAUCAUACUCCAUCUUUGCCAUGCUACCCUCCAGAUAUGCUGCCCCGGGCACCACGCUCCACCACAGCGCCCCCCAGGCCACCUUAAAACUCAGAACUAGCACCAGACACAAAGGGGAGCUGUGCGACUCGGACAAGGUCGGCUCAUAGCUGCUAAGAACUCGGUGCACCUACGGAGCGCCACAUGAACGCACAUCCAACCACCUGCCUCUGCUGCCUCAGUCUGGACUGUCUCAGUUCACGUCCCAGGCUGUCCAAAUCAAAAAAACGUAUCAAAUGUUUGAAGAAUGAAUGUUCACUUUUAUUUAGUUUUAGUUCAUUUUAUCAUUUUUCUGGCCGACAGGUUUGUGCUGUGUGGGCUCAGAGCGCCACCCAACAGUUUGGUUUUCUUUGUGAAAUGCAUCCGUGGCUGCUGAGCUCAACUCGAGGCCCCCCCUUCUAUUCUAAAAACCUAGUUUGCUGUUCAAAAGUGAACGUGUUUGGAGAGCUUUGGGAUUUACCAGAUGUUUGUGACUCCACUGUGGCUCUUUUUAAUAGCAGGUGCAUGAGUGUUUACAGCAUCACGUCGAGUAAAACGUACACAUAAUCUACUUGUUUCUGGUUCAAGAAUGUUUUCGGGCCCACUUUUGAAAAUUAGACAUGUGAAAUUGGGGCUCUGUACCAUAUUACUGCAUUUCAACUGAGCGUUGACAUCACAGCAAGUGUGUUAUUUUAUUUAAUAUUCAUCAACACUUCAGUCAUCUGUGUCCGAGCUUGAUCCCAGUCACUGACUCAUGAAAGCUGGGCAGCAUUUUAUUUCCCGUUAGGUACACAAGAAUGGGUUUCUUCUUUCUCUUAUAACAGGCUCCCAACAAAAACGCGCAGCAGCACUUGUACAUUGUGAGCCCAUACAAUAAUAAACACUGAAUAAUAGAUAUACUACCUGAAUUAUUUAAAAUCACUUUUAUACACAGUGAAUUUUGGAUUUGCACUGAAGUGAUGAAGGAGAUGGAGAUUUGAUUGGACAGGGUCUGGAUUUUCUUUUAUUAACCCCCUCGUACCUGUUUGUUGCACUCGGCCAGGCCACUUUCUUUUAUAUUUAAUUAAAAUGUUUAUAUGCACAAGAAAAAUGCAAUCAAGUUUGUCACUCUACUCGGCUUCUUAUUUUAUUUUUAUUUUUUUUUUGGAUUUUGUUUGUGUGAAUCAUGAGGUGUUCUGUGUCUGGUGUGGCUUUUCUUUCUUUCUUUCUUUGUUUUUUGGUUUGAUUAAUAAAUCUUUGCACCACA